CGAGUGAGCCGCUUGCAAGACGUGUGCGCUCAGUGCCAAGGUCAGCAGCAAGUCGCAGCGACGAACACUCUUCUCUUCUCAACAAAAACGCGCAGUUUCCAAACUUACCAACAUUAUAUAAAAACUUUAAACACUGUCAAAAAUCAUCCUUCAACAACAGUCGUAGUGUUUUAGUGCGUGAUUUAGUGUGUAAAAACAAUGAUUCAACGAGAAAACUAAACUUACCUUCGAAGAAAACCGGUGGAAAACAAUUUUUGCGUGUCAGUGCUGUCGAAAUUCUUCACGAUUUUUGAGGUUAGCUUCGGUCCGUUGAGGUUAAACGCAGAGGGCGCUGCGAUGGCACCGCGCCGGCAUCACGUGCAAGGCCUGCUAAGUGUGAUGGACGCCGGCAGCGACGAACUGCAAUCGGUGUGUUCGGCGGCGGCGGCCGUUAUAGGCACAGGCGUGACACGUUGCUGUGUACCCACCGGUGACUGCCUCCGCGCGCAGCAAAACCUCUCGCCCAACAACAACGACCCCAUGCUGAUCUCCCUCGAUGAUCUGCGGGACACUGUUCGCGUCACAUGUAACAACGAGGCGUGCCUGGUCGGACGGUAUAUGCAUCGCGAGUGUUUCGACCAGUGGGAGCAGACGGUCUUAGCUUACCUGAAGACAUGUGGCCGGGCGCGUUCGUGGUCCGAGCGACAACGCCAUCAAAAUCUCUGGACGAAGAAAGGCUAUGAUCUGGCGUUCAAAGCAUGCGGGUGUCGAUGUGGUCGUGGGCAUCUCAAGAAAGACUUGGAUUGGAUGCCGCCGCCUCCGACGAGUAAUAUUUUCGGGCGUGUGGAGGAGAUUGAUGCGAUUAAUGGCUCGGGAGCUGGCGUCGUCGGCGGUGGGAAGAAGAAAAAACGCCGCAAUCGGAACGCACGGCCGGUGUUGGCGAUUUCGGCGCAUCAUACUGUCGCCGCCGUCGGAUGCAUGGAGACUCGGGGGCGGGCGGGGAGUUUGUCUUCGAGUACUGGGUCUUCUUCACCGCCAGCUACAGGGAGUGAACCGAGCGUAUCGCCUGUACAUGCUCAUUCGAAGAAAAAGAGCAAAUUUGAAUUCGCCGAUCGAACAAGAGUUGGAGGUGGUGCAAAUGGCAUAUUCACUCGUCGGCUGGACUUCAGCUCAUUCAACGCAUUGCCGAAGAACAAAUUGAACUCCUAUCAAAUUAAGACGGAAGACGAAGGCAAUCACGGCAACGAUGACACGCGGUGCUUCAUUCUGUCGACGCUGGCGUCGCAGGGGCGGUCGCGCGUACAAUGCGUCCUCUGCGAGGACCAGCUGCUUGUCUUCGACCGGUAUCCUCUCGUUGAUGGCACCUUCUUUCUUAGUCCACGUCAGCAUGCAAAGAGUUGCAUUGAGGUGAAAGUUGAGGGUCGGACGCAAUUCCUCACCGUUGUCUGUAUGGGUUGCCUUGAGGGCGCUCCGGGACGCGCCAUUCGCUGCCGCUACUGCACCCAGCAGUGGGACGGCUCCUCCCUAGUGUUGGGUACCAUGUACUCCUACGAUAUCUUCGCUGCCAUGCCUUGUUGCACUGAACGCAUAAAGUGUAAUUCGUGCUACAAACCAGUGCUGCAUCCGGCGCAGCGGCUGAACUACUUCAGCGACUACAGCCACAUGGUGCCGUGCCCGCACUGCCGCACGCUGGACACGCACUUCGUGAAGCCGCUGCCGUACUGCUAUGCGCGCGCGACGCAGCGCAGCAUGCAGUUGUGGCCAUAGCAUGCGGCCCCCGCGAAGGCCCCACCCUCGCCGCCGCCCGAUCUCGCCGACGCCGACGAUCUCGACCUCGGCCUGCUGUGGCGCGAGCUGGCCGGCCUCCGACUGGACGAGUUCUGCCGUCUGCAGCUGACGCGCGAACGGUAGACGCACCUCCCUCAUACACACAUCUACACACACUCACGCACACUUCUUCAUGAUCUAAUCCACAACCCCAUCACAUGAAUCCACACCCACUACUACACGCGGAUUAAACGAAUUUUUUGAAUUGCGCGCGUUUGGAUGCACUCGGACGCCCAGAAACACAAAUGUUUAUUAGUUUAUUAUUAGUUUAUCAUUAUGAUUAUUAUGUUUGUUAGUUUAUAGUGAAUUUUAUUAGGUUUUUUUGAUGGUCCACGUGCGUCGACACGUGCGAUCGAUGAAAGUGAAACUGAAGAAACUAAGUGAAAAGUGGAAAUUUUUCGAAAAAAACGACUUGAAAAGUCGCUAAACGUGAAAGAAUCAAAUUUCGUUUGUUUUUAUUUGCAUUAUAUGCAUGCUGCGACAAAACGUUGGCAAAGUAUUUGUUUGUUUUUAUUAUUUUUUUUAUCGAAUUGGAAAAAAUAUUCAGUUUUUCUUUUUGUUAGCUUAAUUUUUUUCCUGAAAACAACAUUUUUUUGUUCUUGUCUUGUUCUUUUAUUAUUUUUUCCUUUUAUUACUUGUUCUAAUUCUACUUAAUUAUAGUUUAGCUCGAAUUUUAUUAUGAUUAUUAUCUAUUAUUUUAUUAUAAUUAAUAUUUUAUACAAAAAAAGAGAAAUUAAAGAAACGAUAAUAAAUCAAAGCUUCUAUGGA